AUGCCCUAUGAGCCCCUUCCCUCUUUCUUCCCGAUCGCUCUAGACGAGGUGGAGGAGGAGGACGUGGUCGCACCUCCUGCUAUGCCCUAUGUCCCUACCUCGGUCCCCACCCCACCUCCGCCUUCAGGGGGGAUAGUGGUGCCGCCGUCCAUGGUGAUCACCGACGGGCAGCGCCUUGUGACUGAGCAGCUGCAGGAUGAGAGUAGUAUGGAUGGAGUGCAGCAGAGUGGGGGGAUGGAGAUAGGGGAGCAGCAGAUAGAGGUGCAGCAGAGUGGGGAGCUGCAGAUAGGGGAGGAGCAGAUUGGGGACCAGCAGAUGGUGGACCAGCAGCCAGGGGAGCAGCAGACAGGGGAGCCGCAGACGGGGGAGCAGGAGAUGUGGGGAAUUAGAGAUGGUGGUCGUGUGUUGGUUUCUGGGACGACCACUGCACCACUGCGUCGCUCCACUCGCAUCACUCGUGGUGUCCCGCCUCAAUUUCCCGGGAAAUCGGCGGAAGGUUUUGCUCGGCCAGGGGAAUGGGGGGCUGGCGCACGGGACAGGGGGAACGGGGGGAAGGCAAGUGCAGGGGAGGAAGCGGACGAGGAUUCAGUUGAAGCGGCAUGGUGGGAUGUGGCUGCAGUGCAGGUUCUUAUAUCGGACGAGGCGUUUCAACGAUGGCUUGACGAACCAGCGGGAGAUGGCGGGCAGUUGUUCCCAUUACCCUCUACACAAUCACACGGAACACCCAACCUUCCACCAUCCGCGUUUUCCGCCCCUUCCAAGCCUUCCCCUUCCUCGAAUUCCCCUUUGUCGCCUCCCCCUUCCUCCCCUUCCGCGCCCCCUCACCCUUCCCCAUCCCAUCAUCCGCCCUCCGCCAGUGGCCAUCCCUGCGCCUCCCCCCACCGUCUAGUCCUCUUCUCAGCUAACGAUUACCUCGGCCUCGCCUCUCACCCGCGCGUCCGUGCUGCUGCCGCCAAGGCAGCAUGGCAGCAGGGCAUGGGUCCGCGGGCGUCUGCUCUGGUAACCGGUUUCACAACGGAGCAUGAGGGUCUGGAGCAUGAUAUAGCACGGCUCAAAGGCACACAGGCAUGUCUACUCUGCCCGACUGGUUUUGCUGCCAAUCUUGUUGUUCUUGCGUCUCUAGCGCCAGUCCCCCGCGCCAAGGGCAAUCACAGUAGCAACAGUAGGAAUGGCAGCGACAGCAAUGACAGGAGAGAGAAUGUGGCUAUUGCUGCUGGAUCUGAAUGUGCCCCACGUAGUGAGAAUAGUAGCAGCAGCAGCGGCAGCUUUAGAGGCAGUGGUGGUGGUAGGAGUGUGGGCCAUGGGCAGGGACAAAUAGAGAGGGUAGAGGAGGGCCGUGUAGACUCCUUGAGUUCAAUGGGAGACUCCUUGGCAGUGUUUUCAGAUGAGCUGAAUCAUGCCUCUAUCAUCGAUGCCUUGCGCCUGCUGCUGCCACGCACAGAGAGGGGCGCAGAGGGGGGGCGGGCUGGUGUUGGUGCUGGUGGUGCUGCUGUGGCACUGCAUGUGUAUCGACACAACGACAUGACGCAUCUGGAUGAACUGCUUAUGGACGGGGACUUUGCUCCUCUGCCUGCUCUCGUAUCCCUCAAGGCCAAACGUUGCUACCUGUUUGUGCUCAUUCCAGCCCUUUAA